AUGGCAGGGCCGACCGUAUACAAGGAUGUCGCGGAGGAUCUCGACUUCAGUUCUGGGGCAGGAAUAUUCGCGGGCAAGAAGUUUUGGGUUGCGCAACGCGUGCCGUCGCGCAUCCGGCUUCUGGACGACAUCAAAGCCAAUGGCGGAGAGAUCGUAGUACUAGAGAAAAAGGCGGAUUACCGAAUCGCGGACCAUUUUAGGACCUGUCCACCAGGAACAGUAUCGUACACAUUUGUAGAAAAGUCCAUCAAGGACGGAGAACUUCAAGAUCCUGCAGACCACCCAGCGGGACCACCGUUAGGUGAGGCGCGAGAGCCUGGAUCUGUUCACCAACCCACAAAAAGCGGGAGAGCAGCAUAUACCGCAGAAGAGGACAGGAUACUCUACAAAUGGGUGCGCGACGCCGAAGCAGCUGGUGCCCAAGUUAGUGGCAACGAGAUAUACAAGCAGCUAGAAGCCCUGCACCCGCGACAUACAUGGCAGUCAUGGCGCGAUCGCUAUCUCAGACAAUUAAAGAGUCGUCCGCCCUCGGCUUUCAACAUACCUGACAACGCUCCCCCUUCUCCUCCUUCCGACCAGUCAACCGAACGUAUGCCCCCAGUCCCCUCCGAGACUGCGAAGCAGCAAACACCUAAAAUAGAGCAGGCUUUGUAUGCGACUAAUCUCAGUAGAAUAGGCCAGUCGAAAACAAAAGAUGAUUUUAGCGUGGAAGAGCUAGAAGGAAUGUUCAGCGUAGACGACUGGCUAGAGUUGUAUGCUUAUGCGGACCUCAUCGAUGAUUGGAAAGGAAAGGACGAAUACGAGACUCACUGGGCUGGUUGGGCUGAACUCAGGAGCAAACAAACCGUUCAACACUGGCAACAGUAUUAUGAGAAGGUGGUCCAUCCUCAAUGGUUGCGUGAUCCAACCUCGAAAAGGGAGAAAAUCAAGAGGCGGGUGGAACAGAAAUAUGAUGCAGAACCUGCAAGUGAAGGCCAACCGACCGGCCAACAGUCGCUAGAGUUGGGGAAACCGGAUAAGAUACUUUCUGCUACAGCAGCACAAGAGGAAGCGAGGACCGGACAGUCAUCGGGAUUUGAUGACAAGCGCUUCGAGGAAUUGCUGAAUGAUAAAGAAAGUGAACAACUUUCUCCUGCCUACACCCUCUACGCCUUUGAGAAGAAGCAAGAUACGUUGAAUGCACAACCAGCAUUAGAUCAUGUUGCACUUCAUAAACUCUUGCUAGAUCAGUGGCGCUCACUUUCAGCAGAAGAGAAAGCACCCUAUCUUGCUAAAGACCAAUCGGUUACAAACGACACAUUGGAUGCUUUUAAAAAUCCGGCAAGAAUCGCGUCAGAAAUCAGGGUGCCGUCAUCCUCCACCGCCCGACCUGAAUCUCCAAACUUUUAUGUUGGUCAACUGGAAAGGUUCACGAAGCGAAUGCGGGAAAACAGCAUCGUAGAGCAAGAAGAAGUGGUAGAGGUAGCGCCUCCCACCAAACGGUGGAAGAGUGGAAGCGCAACGCCUACCCAGGAAGACCCGGUGUCCCCAAGUAAAGCAAUCGGUACACAGAACCAGCCUCUUGAAAUCUCUUCUACUGAGAGCUCUCAAACUACUUCGCAGUCAGAGGAUGCCGAAGAGCUGAUGCAAAGGCAAAUUCGAUCAGAAGCGCUCGACACAGGGGACGAUGACGCUACCAUGGUCAACUUGAACGGGGACACAGAAGAGAAAGAGGUAGAGAGUAUAGAGUCAGAUGACUUUCUGAACAUCGAUAGCUUACACGCACCGCCUUCGCCAGAUAAUGUCUUGGACGAUGAUCUACCCUCAAACACACCCACACCACGUGCCGCACGCCAGAAAGUUUCCAACUUCGACACUCAAGCCAUUCUCUCGCCGACACAAGACGACUUCCCGCCACCACAUAAGUACACCCAUGACGUAAAGCCUCAUCAGGAGCAGCGGUACUCAUCACCCUUUCAACAGUCAGAAUCCGACGUUUCUACAACACAGUCUUUAGAAGAGUUUCGCCGUUCCCUCCAGGAAGAGGAAGACCCAGAUCAGACACUCUACUCUCAACUUCCCCCUCAGCCACUCCGCCUAUCCUCAUCCCCUGCACCCUCUUCAACAUCUUCGGUCUCUACAGGCUCAGGCGAUCCUGACCCACCCCUCACCGGUGACGAGAUCAAUGAUUUCUACGAGGAUCGGAACGAAGAAGGAUGGCCCAAUGAUUUCAUCAGCAAAGCACUCAAGCGCACGCGGAUGCGGCCCGAGUUGGCGGUCAGAGUACUUGAUGCAUGGAAGGAUGGGAAGCCCCUACCCGCAGAGAGAGGUAUCUGGAGUAUAGAAGACGAUGCUGCUGUAGAGGGUGGCGAUGGGCUCGAACUUGCGAAGCUGGAGAGGAAACAUACGCUAGAUGGGUGGGGUGGAAUCAUGGAAAGGUUGAAGUUCUUGGAGACUUAUCGAAGCCACGGCUAG